CCUCUUCUCUUCCUCUCUUCCACUUUCUCUCCUGCUUCUACCACGAUCGGCGCCAUGGCAGACUGGUUUGUUGGCCCAGUCAUGGAUAAGGUCAUCAACGCUUUCUCUGAUUACCUACAAGAUCAGUACUUCAGAGGGCGGACAGGCAUGAAGGAGGAGCUCGAAAGCCUGCGAGUGAACCACCCAUUGAUCCAAGCUGUCGUCUCUGCUUACACCCAGGGAAAGAUCACAGAUCGUAACCUCAACAGCUGGUUAUGGCAGCUACGAGAUGCCAUCGAUGAGGCGGAUGAUGUUCUUGAUGACUUUGAGUACAUGAAGCAUAAAGAACGACUGGAGCUGAACAUGGAGGAAACAAAGGUGCGUUCUUCAUUCGAUAGAUUAUUUUUGGGACCUGCUCGCAAACUUCGUAAAAUCUGCGAACGAGGUCUCAAAAUUGAUCCAAACUUGGAGAGACUGGAGGAGGCUGUGCAGAAACUCGAUAGAGUUUCAGCCCAGGUCAAUACCUUCCUUCAUCUUGUAGAAAAGAAAGAGAAGGAACAGCAGGGGGAAGAACAGCAGGCGAAGGAUCGGCAUCUUUACGUUGAUCGUGCAAGCGGAUCCUUGCCUGGACCUGUUUUCAUCGGGCGAGAUCAGGAAAAAGAGAUUGUGAUGCAGUGGUUGAGAAAACCAUCAAAUCACAACCUCUCUCUUCUAUCUAUAGUGGGUUAUGGUGGCAUGGGGAAGACGACUCUGUUACAAAAUAUCUAUGCUGAUGAAAUAACAAAAGAGUUUGAUCUUAAAAUUUGGGUUUGUGUUUCUAACAACUUUGAAGUUGAAGAAGUCAUCAUGGAUAUGCUGAAAUAUCUUGAUAAAUGGAGUUCUCAUUUGACAAAACUUCCUCCUCUUCAAGAGAGACUUAAUUCUGUGACUCGGUCCAAGAAAUUCUUGCUUGUUCUGGAUGACAUUUGGGAGGAGACGACUACAACCAAAUGGGAGAAAGUUAUCUCUCCUCUGGCUAAUGGAAAUUUGGGAAGCAAGAUCUUGGUCACAACUCGAAUACAUGCUGCUGCAUCAAUUAUUGCUGAUAUUAUAAAGAAUGAGGAGACGUUGACAUUAAAAGGCUUGGAAGAAGCUCGGUGUUUGGAGCUCCUCAAGACUUACACAUUUGCUGGCAUGGAGAAUUUUAGAGAACAUAAGAAAUUAAUGUGCAUUGCUGAAGAGAUAGCUAAAAAACUUUCGGGAUCUCCAUUGGCAACGAAGGUCAUUGGUGGGGGUUUGAAGUAUGAUUUAACUCCAGAACAUUGGGAAAGAGGUUUAAGGAGCAAUAUUGGAAGCGUAGAACUAAUAUUCCCACAAGAUCAUAAGUUUGAUAAAGAUGAUUUAGUCCGAAUGUGGAUUGCAUUGGGUUUCAUUGAGGAAUUUUCUACUGAAGAAGAGACUUUGGAAGAUAUUGGAGGAAGCAUCGAGAAGGGUUCGUUUGUUGUUCAUAGACUCCCGAUGGCUUGGAAAGAUGCCUGA